AUGAGGAGUAGUAGUAUCCUUUUCGCCCUUUGUGGGCUAUCUCUUGCGGUUCCGGUAGAGAAGAGGGCAGACUAUGAGAUCAAAGACAGACAUUAUGUGCCUGAACAGUGGAGGGUUCUGGGCAAACCACACCCUGAACACACCCUCAGUCUUCGAAUUGGCGUGAAACAAGGCUCCUUCGCCGAGCUCGAGAAGCAGCUCUACGAAGUCUCCGACCCAGAUCACCACCGCUAUGGCCAACAUCUUUCCGCCGAUCAAGUCAGCGCCCUCGUUGCACCCUCCGAGGACUCUCUAGAUGCCGUCCACGAAUGGCUGGAAGACAACAACAUUCGUCUGGAUCAAGUCGAGUACACGGCAGCAAAGGACUGGGUGGUUAUUGCUCUUCCCGUGUCCGAGAUUGAACAAUUGCUAGACACGGAAUAUCACGUCUAUGAGAACGAUGCCGGUAGUCGUAUUGUUCGCACGACACAAUACAGCCUUCCCAAGAGCCUGCACGGCCAUAUCGAUGUCAUUCAGCCCACCAACUACUUUGGAAACCCAAAGGAAAUGGCCAAGCUCCCAUUCGGCACUGACCAUCAGGAAUUGACUUACGCUGCUGAUGAUGUGUCCCGCCUGGCCUCUUCCGGAGACGCAGCAGCAGCAGUCUGCAAUGUCAGCGCCGUGACCUCCCUCUGCCUGCGAACGCUCUACAACACAGUCGACUACGUCCCCAAAGUCCCACAGCUCAACUACGUCGGCACGACCAAUUAUCUCAACGAAAGCGCCAACUACUCCGACUUCCACAUCUACAUGUCUCGCUACCGCAAAGACGCCAAGCCURGCUAUCAAUACUCCUACCAGAUCGUCGAUGGAGGAAUCAACAUGCAAGCCCCCGAGACGGAGUUCUACGGCGAGCGUGAUGUCGAAGCGAACUUGGACGUCCAGACCGUCGGUGGAAUUGUCUACCCAACCAAGUUUACGACUUACUCCACUGGUGGCUCGCCUCCUUUCAAGCCGGAUCUCUUCACUCCCACCAACACUAACGAGCCGUACCUCACGUGGGUCAACUACGUCCUCGGCCAAAAAUCCGUGCCAUUCACCAUUUCCACGUCCUAUGGCGAUGACGAACAGAGUGUUCCCGAGAACUACGCCCGUCGCGUCUGUGCAGAGUUCGCUCAGCUUGGCGCAAGAGGCUCAACGCUCUUAUUUUCUGCCGGCGAUAACGGUGUGGGCGCUAACGGUACUUGCGUCUCCAACGAUGGAAAGAACACUCCCAAAUUCCAGCCCUCCUUUCCAGCUUCGUGUCCAUACAUCACGGCUGUAGGAGGCACCAAGGACAUCAACCCCGAGAUUGUCGCGUACCGCGUGAGCAACGGCUAUGUUGCUGGAGGGGGCCUCUCAAACUACUUCCCGACACCCGCAUACCAGAUCCCCGAGGUCAAGAAAUAUCUUGCUUCGAUUGGAGAUUUGCACAAGGGAAUGUAUAACCCUAAAGGACGUGCAUAUCCAGAUAUCUCGGCGCAGGGUUUUGGAUUCGUGGUGGUGUAUGGAGGGAGGAACGUUCUUGUUGAUGGAACUAGUGCUUCUUCGCCAGCUGCUGCGGGAGUCCUGACCAUGGUGAAUGACGCUCUCAUUGCUGCAGGUAGACCUCCACUCGGCUUCAUGAACCCGUGGCUGUACAGAUUGGGUGGAAGUAGGGGUUUCAACGAUAUUACUCAAGGUAAUAUUUUUGGCUGCAACGGCAGUGGAUUUCCAGCACAAGCAGGAUGGGAUGUUGCGACUGGUUUCGGAACUCCUGAUUUUAAGAAGAUUCGAUCCGCGUUGUUGGUGUAG